GCCCACCGCCCUCUUCCUGCACUUUUCAUCCUCGAGGCUCUCCCAAGUUCCUGCCAUCUUCCAACAGCACAGCCUGGGUGUCACCACGGCGGGCUCACUUCCCCUGUCUUCUUGCUCUGCUGCGGUCUCUAGGUUCUCCUCCCCUCGGUUCCAUCUCCAGAGUUCAGGAUUCCCCGGGCUCGACUUUGGAUGGAGGCAGGCAUCAGGGCCGACUCUUGAGAACCACGCGGUUUCUCUUUCCCCUACCAAGAAGAUGUUUUAGCCUUUUUGGGUUUGGGCUUUGGGUUCUUGCUUGUGGGCGCUGCGGAUUUGGGGACUCUACCGGGAGUGGCUUCGCGGUAGGAUUGAUUGGGAGGAUUUUGGCUGUCUAGGAACUCUUUGGUGGGUCAGAUUUGGGAGCUUUAGUUGGAGGAAAGCUCUUGGAUUUUGCCUCUUGGUUGGUUUGAAGGAGGGUUCUGGGUUUGAAGUUGCCAAUGGAGCCGCCGAGUGGGUUCUGGGUCUCUCUCUUGAGCUUCCUCAAGUUCUUGCCUUACUUCUGCGGCCUCCUCAUCCUGGGAUUCAUCAAAGGCGUUUUGCUGUGCCCUUGGGCAUGUCUUAUUAUGGCAAUUGGACUAUCUGCCCUAAUCCUUGGCUUAUGGCCCAUGCAUCUGAUUUGGACAUACUACUGCAUUAUCAGAACUAAGCUGGUGGGACCUGUAGUAAAGCUUCUGCUUCUUAUUGCUGCUACAGGAAUCUUGAUCCUAUGGUUGAUAGUUGGCAUCCCGGGAAGCGUCUUUGUUGGAUUAGUAUAUGGUUUUCUGGCACCCAUAAUGGCAACAUUUGAUGCAGUUGGAGAAGGCAAAGAAAAGCCAUUUGUUCAUUGUUUUGUGGAUGGAACAUGGAGUACUAUCACUGGAAGCUGUACAGUAGUCAGGGAUGUGAAAGACUUGCUUUUCCACUCCUAUUUUUCAAUUAUGGACGACCUUCUUCUUCAGAAACCUCCUGAUGGGAAGCCGUAUGAGAUAAGAUUGCUUGAUAUUCCUGGGGCGUUGAUAGCAGCUGCAUGUGGGCUCAUACUUGAUGGGAUAAUGUUCACAUUAAUUGCUUUCUACAAGUGCCCUGUGAUGCUUUUCAAAGGAUGGAACCGGCUAAUCCAGGAUAUGAUUGGGAGAGAAGGACCAUUUCUAGAGACAGCUUGUGUGCCAUUUGCUGGUCUAGCUAUUCUUCUUUGGCCUUUUGCUGUAGUAGGAGCUGUUCUGGCAUCCAUCCUCUCCAGUAUUCCUUUAGGUGCUUAUGGUGCAGUUGUGGCUUAUCAGGAAUCCUCCCUUCUCAGGGGACUUGCCUAUGUUGCCUCAUCGGUGUCUAUCUUUGAUGAAUAUACGAAUGAUGUUCUCGACAUGGCACCAGGGUCUUGCUUUCCAAGGUUUAAAUAUCGGGGCAGCAAGGAUGACUCUUCACAUGGUGGUAAUUUAUCUAGGCCAGCUUCAUUCAACAAGGAGAAGCAAGAAGGAAAAAAACCGCCAUCACGUGUUACUUCAUUUAAGAACAGCAUCGAUGAGUUCAACCCAUUCAACUUGCUGAACCACCUAUUUGCCGAAUGCAAGCUCCAGGGGGAGGCUUUGGUUAACAAAGGAGUGAUAACAAUGAAAGACAUCGAAGAAACAAAGUCGGGCAAAGUUGGCAGUGGUGUUCUUAACGUUGGGCUACCAGCAUAUGUUAUCCUUAAUGCACUUCUUCGAUCUGCAAAAGCUAAUUAUAACGGUCUAAUCUUAAGCGAUGUCUCCGAGGUCACAUCUGACAAUAGACCUAAAAGUACUUUCUUUGAUUGGUUCUUUGACCCUCUAAUGGUUAUAAAAGAACAAAUUCAAGCUGAGAAUUUCACUGAAGAAGAGGAAGAAUAUCUGAAAAUGCGAGUACUGUUGGUUGGUGACCCCAGUCGCCUCAAGGGCACUCUUCCUCAUGUGCCAUCAUUGAAUGAGCGUAAAAAAGCAGAAAUAGACGCAUUUGCUCGCAGAUUGCAAGGAAUCACAAAAUCAAUAUCAAGAUAUCCUACAUCCAAGCGCCGUUUCGAUGUCCUUGUGAAGGCACUCUUGUCAGAGCUCGAGAGGACGGUGGGUGGUAGCCACUCUGUCAAUGGAUCCCAACCACACCGGUUGAGAAGCUCCAUAGCCCGGAUGCUUAGCCAGAAAUCCCUAGGAAAGACAACAAACAUCAGAAAUGAAGAUCCAGAAGCGCAAAUGACAGGAUCUUCUCGCACUCCCUGAUAUAACGUAGUUUGACAACGCGGUGUAUACUCGAACACAUUUUAGUGUACAACAACCUUGCACUUGUUGUUUUCCAGCCAUGUACGAACGAGUAGAUGAUGCGGCUUUGAGCUAGUUCUAACCGUUCUCUUUGUAUGACUUGUAUAUUUUGUACACUACAUAUAUGCAAUGAAAUGUUCACACUGUGGAA